GCAGAGCCGAGGUGGAAAAGGAGCAGAGUCCCCCGGUCCGCACGCCGCGGUUCCCAGGCUUCGGCUGCCGAGGGCAGAGGUUGCAGAGAUACCUUCCUGAUGGAUGGCUGAACAGAAGUCCUCAUUGCUCGCCUCCUCCACACAGAAAAGCUAACGAUGCAAAAUUGUGUUCCGAGAACCACAAGCUUUAUUAGCCAGAAGGUGUCCUCAUGAGCCUGGACUACUGGAACUGGAUAUUCCCGAAUGGGCAGUCCUAGUCCUUUGCUCCAGGUUUCGACUGGCCUUCUGAAGGACUUGUUUCCUCUGGGGACGUGUUUCUGCCCCGGCCAAUGCUCCAUGGAGAACCAGCUUUUCCAGUUGCUCAGGCAGCUCAGCACACUGUGUUAGCUGUUCCCGGAAGCCCUCAGCCACUCAACUAUCCACAUCACUGGCCUACAGAAGCUCCUCGAAUGCCUUCAUCAUGGUGCUCAUGUGUUGACGGUGAUCCCAGGAAGUUCCUGCUCUCCCGAGUAUAUUCGUUCCAAAACCAAGGCACCCAGUGCUUUCAGAAGAUCUGGUCUGGCACCCAGCAACAGUGUGGUCUUCUUUUGGAACAAAGUGACAAACAAGCCCAGGAGUUUGUCUUCCAGGCUCUGGUCUCCAAGGAUACCAGGGAAAGAAAACAAAGUGAAGCUGUUUCUUGUCCUAUGUCUUCAUCAGAUCGUCUUGAAUUAAAAUGACAGCUCUUCCUUCAGAGAACUGCUCUCUCCAGCACCUGUCACACCAGUCGAAGCAUCCUGUAGAUGUUAGCUGUCUGUUGUUCCUCAUCAUACUUGGGAAAACGUUAUUGAACAUCCUCAUACUAGGGUUGAAAAGGAAAGACACCCACUGGGGCUUUAUGGAGUGCUUCUGCUUCUCACUAGCGUUUGCUGAUCUGCUGCUGUGGGUUAGCCUUUCCAUUCUGUCCUACUUCAGGGACUUUGUAGUUCUAGGUAUCAGGUUUACACAGUAUCAUAUUUGUCUGCUCACACAAAUCAUUUCCUUCACUUAUGGCUUUUUGCAUUAUCCAGUUUGCUUACUAGCUUGUAUAGACUACUAUUUGAUUCUGUCUGGAGCCACCAAGCACUCAUCUAAGUGGCAAAAGUUAUUUUAUUUCUUGACAGUCAUUUUAAUUUGGAUUUCAGUCUUUGCAUAUGUUCUGGGAGAGCCAGCCAUCUCACAAAGCCUGCAGACACACAGCGCUUCUCUGCACCAAUGCCCUUCCUAUGUCAGCACACAGAGUUACUGGCUGUCAUUGUCUAUACUGGUAGUUUUAUGUGUGGCUUUUCUGAUCUCGUGGCCAGAAGUUGUUGCCGUGGUACACGCUAUUAGGAUAGCAUCCUAUAUGAACAAGACCGUCCUCUACUGUCCCUUCCCAUCCCACUCUGGAGUGAGCACUAGAGAAGCACUCUUGCCCAGGCUUAUUGUGUGCUUUCUUGGUACCUGGUUUCCCUUUGUAGCACUUCAGGUCCUCACCCUCUCACUCAGAGUUCAAAUCCCAGCAUAUGUAGAAAUGAACGUGCCCUGGCUGUACUUUGUCAACAGUUUUCUCAUUGCUGCGAUUUCUUGGUUUAACUGCCAGAAGCUUUAUUUAAGGGACAGCACAUUACCUCUGGAUCCUUUUGUCAACUGGAAAUGCUGUUUUGUUCCAAUCCAUAGACUUAAGCAAGUGGAGAGGCCCGUAUCCAUAAUCAUCUGUUAACAGAUUAGGCUGUGUUGGGAGGAACUCCAGAAGCACCACGGACAGACCUGGAUGCUCAGGACACAGAACUGAAGCGCGUGUCCCCCUAACUUAGAACUCUUCAGCACAGCCUCUCUGUAGUGGAUAUUAGAUAGUGCUAAGGACACAACGAAGUUUCUAUGCCUGUUCAGCAACACUGUAAGUAUUUGAGGUCAAUCCAAAAGUCAAAUAAACACAUUAACAUGUGGCCA